CUAAAAAGGAUAUAUUCAAAAGUAGACCUUUAUAUUUUUGAUAUGGAUGAUAUACUGACGAGACUGACUAAGAGCAUGCUUAUCGCGGGCUCUAAAGCCCUGGUCCUUAUGUUUUUGGGCUAAAAAUAAAUGAAAAAUGGUGAAUAAAACUAAGAGACAUCGCACAAAGUCCUUGGUUUGGAUACAAAUUGGGCCGGUCCUUCAGACAUGUGUCAGCAGGAGAUUGGACAUAGCAAAUUAGGGCAAAAGCAGUUUGUCUCGAUUGACAAACCUAUCUUCUUCUCUCCGCUCUCUCUUCUCAACGGCGACUCUCUUGGCGAUUUUCUGUGUUCUCUCCGCUCUCUCUCUGUCGACGGCGUGUUCCUUGGCGAAUCAACGACGUGGGCUCCUGCAUCACUCUCUCGACUCAGACAGACAUCGCGGUCGAUCCUUCUCCGAUUCCAUCCAGAUUUCGUUCCCUCGACAUCGAUUCUCUUUCGAUUGAGACAGACAAAUAGGUUAAAGGAAAAUGGGAAACUACAGCUAUACGCAGCCAUCAUGGUCAGAGGAUUAUUAUGACAACGACACCGACGCCGACAGUGGGUACAACCAAACAGAGGCUGAUAUACUCCUCGACCAAGCUGAGAUUGAUGCAACGCGGCGUCAGUACCCCCCCCAGCCUGAAGUAGAGUUUGGCUUCCCGAAAGAGUGCUACUGUGGUGGUGAACCACAUACCGCCACUUCCUACACAGCAACUGAUCCUGGGAGGAGGUUCUACACCUGUGCAAACAGAGACGACGGAGACUGCCAUGUCUGGAAGUGGUGGGAUGUGGCGGCUACAGAGGAGAUCAGAGCCAUAUCCACACAGUGUCAGCAGCUCAGUGAUAAGGUUGAUUAUCUCUCAUUUCUGAGUGACUACGAAACUCAGCUUGAUGAGGCUAAGGUAUUGCAUAACGAGACAGAGCAGAAGUUGGUGAGGCUUGAGAGAAUUGGGAAACGCUUUGAACUCGUUCUAGGUGCUAUGCUUGUUGUGUUAGUGAUAAUAGGUAUGGUGAUUAUCUUUAAGUAGUGCUGGUC